AUGAGAUUUGGAGUAGUAAUAACUGCUUUCGCAGCCAUAUCCUCACUUGUGAGUGCCGCUCCCACCAAGGGGGCAUUGAAAGAAGUUUCCUCUGAAAAGUUCGACUUCGAUCUCGAUUCGAUAAUAGCAAAACUCGAGACUUUAAACCCUACGAAACGGGAUAUCAGGAAGAGAGACUCCAGCCAAUUUGUAAACUCAUUAUUGGAGCUGUUGCAAGGCUCCAACUUGAUUGAUGAACUUUUCAAACAGAUUGUCAACAGUACUGAAAAUGAAGAAACAUUAUCUCAAUCAGUUGUUUCAGCUAUAUCCAGAAAUAAAGUGAACCCAGACACAAUCUAUGAUGCCAUGGAUGAUUCCGACUUAUUUCCUCAAUUUUACAACUACGUUUUGAGUGACAAGGAAUUGAAACCUACUGCUGUUGAAUAUGCCAAAAACUUGUAUCAGAAUGGUAAACUUACUCUUUCUGAGUUCAAGGAAGUGACAGAAUCAGAGGUUAAGAGAGAACUUGCAGUGCAACAUUCUAAGUUGUCCAAGAAGGAUUUGGACUACGUCACCAAAAUCUAUCAAUCGUUAGCAAGCUCCAACUUGCUCAGCAGUGUGACAGACUCCAUUUUCGACAACGAAAAUUUAAAAGAAUCAAGCAGUUCUUUCAUUAAAACCAGCAUAAUGAAUACUCCUUGUGACAAGAGCUUUGAAGUUAUCAAGAGAUCUGGUCAAGCAUCUGACUUAAUCGCAAGAUCCUUGAAAUCUUCAGAAUUACAAAACAAGUUCGCCAGAGAAAUUUCCAACAAGGUUAUUGACGGAUCUCUUUCGAAGAGAGCAAUUGUCGGUUCUGUUGGAGCCAGUGCCGCUAUUGGCGAAGAACCUGUGUCAGCUGCUGCAAUUGACGCUUCUGUUGCUGUUGACAUUGGAGUUUCUGCCACUUCUGAGACUUCUGCCACUCCUGAUAUAGUCAAAACUUCUGAAACCACUGCUGGUACAGCUACCGCAGAGGGUCUCUUAGGUGACAUUGACGGCUUGUUAGGUGGCGAAGAGAAUUCUGCUACUAUUGCAUCUUCCGCUCUGGUUGCCACAUCCAAUACUGCUGCUACAACCAAAUCCCCAGAUUUAUUGGGAGGUAUUUUGGGUGAUAUCUUGGGCGGGGAUGAUACUGAUACUUCUGCAACCACAACAUCAGCAUCAACUUCUGCUACUGCUGCCACAACUUCUACUAAGGGGAACCUCAUCGAUGAUCUUUUCGGUGGCUUAUUUGGAGACAGCAGUAACACUGCUACCAGCUCAUCUUCUGCCCAAGCUACUGCCACCGCAACUGCUACUUCCUCUUCCGGUGGUUCUUUCUUUGACAGCAUUCUCGGAAUCUUUGGUCUUGGCGGAGAUUCUUCAAGUCCAACUACAACAACUUCCUCUGCUCCAAAAUCCACAUCGACCGGCUCUCUUUUUGAUGAUAUCAUUGAUGGGGUCGAUGACUUAUUAGGUGGUGGAGAUACAGGCUCUACCAAGACUUCUUCAUCUUCAUCUUCAACCUCCACCUCUGGGUCUUUGUUGGAUGAUAUUUUCGAUGAAUUUUUUGGCAGCAGUAGCAGCUCAACCUCAACUCCUGCGUCCUCCUCCUCCUCGUCAAGUGGAGAUUGGUUGAGUGAUCUUUUGGAUUCGUUUUUUGGGCCAUCUAAUUCAACCAGCUCUCCUAAAUCCACAUCAUCUGGAUCAUCUUCAAACCUUUUGGAAGAUCUCAUUAACGAACUUUUUCCAGAAGGAACUAAUACAACUAGUUCCGGAAAUGGAGAGAGUCUCCUAGAUGUCAUAAUUGGAAUUGGGGAAGAUUUACUUGGUGACUUAUUUGGAGGCUCUUCAGGAAGUUCCACUGGAGGCUCCAGUCUUUUGGCUGGUAUCUUCGCAAUUGCAGCAGAUGUCGUUUCAGACUUGUUUGGCCUCCUUUCAUCUGAUGCUGGAUCUCUUCUUUCAUAUGGAGAAAGCUUUAUUGGCUCGCUUAUCAAGGGCCUCUUCGGUCUGUUGUUUUCGUCUACGAGUUCUUCAAGCUCUUCCGGCAAAGGUUUAAUAGAAUCAAUUCUUGACGCUAUAUUUGGAGGUGUUUCUGGUUCAUCUUCAACAUCUACUGGGAGCUUCUCAUCUAUAUUUGGUUCUAUCGUCAGCGAGAUUCUUGAUGCUAUUUUUGGAGACUCUUCUUCUUCCUCAAGCAGCUCCUCUUCAUCAUCGGGUUCUUCCUUGUUUGGAUCUACUCCAAAACAAUGUUGCUGUCCAAGCAUUGUCAAGAGAAACUUGGCUAAAAGAGAACUUAGAGUUCAAAUUAGACAGAGCAUCAGAAAGAGUAUUACAAGAGCAAUAGAACAAAAAGCUCAGAAGCAAGCUUCGUCACAGUACAUUGACUACAUCGACUCCUUACAGAAGUAG